CUUGGACGACAACCAGGCCGUUGGGGCAAGGCCCUCCUCCGGGUUUUUCCGGCCCAUCGCAGACACCGAUCACUCCCACACCUAUCCUUCAAGGUGUAGGAGUGACGACGGUGAUUCCCGGAGGAGAUGCCGGCUCUAGUCGGGCCCAGGAGGCUCGCGCAGCAGUCGCGGCGGCAUUGCCACCGCCACCGCCACCAAAUCCAACACUGGUGCAAGGAGGAGCGAUGGCGCAAGGAGGAGCGCCACCACAAGCAGUUGUACAAGCCCCUGGUCAGCAAAUGGUGACGAUGACCCGGGAGGAGAUGCAGAGGAUAGCGGCGGCCGUGGCAGCCACGGCGGCACAGACAGUGCAACAAGUUAAGAGCCACAGAUCUCAUGCCACCAUUGCGCCGACAACGGUGGCUGGAAACCAAGAUGAGGAUGUGUCCAGUUAUGGAGAGGGAGGAGUUGGAAGAGAUCAGGCGAUGGAGAGGAUGGCAGAGCAGUUGCGCAAGUUACAAGACAAGGUGGAAGGGAGGCUAGAGAGGAGAGCUCGAGGACAUCCCUUUUCGAGGGAGAUUCUCGCUGCUGCUCCUAUGCCAAAUAAUUUCAAGGAGACCAACUUGGUGUAUGACGGGUCUUCUGACCCGUCGAGGCAUGUGAGGACCUUUGAAAAUAUGGUUGUGUUACAUGGAUAUUCUGAUUCUGUUUGUUGCAGGGCGUUUCUAUCGACCUUGCGCGGAGAAGCCCUUGACUGGUUUCACCAGUUACCCUCUAGGUCGAUUGCGGAUUUUGAGGAUUUUGCCAGCAAGCUUACCAAUCAAUAUUCGAGCGCGGUGGCGCAUGAGAAAACGUAUUUGAAGUUGAUGGCAAUGAGGCAUGGGGAGAAGGAGUCAUUGAGGAAGUAUGUCGCUCGAUAUAACCAGUUUGGAGGUGGUCGAGGAAAAAAGCCGAGAAGAGAUGGAGAUAAAGGGGGCCAGGGAGGAGAGGCCCCGAUGAAGAGAGGAACGAUUUACAUGAUUUCCGGAGGGCCAACAGAUGGUGACUCGAAUAGGGCCAGGAAGGAGCAUGCUCGAGCUGCGAAGAGGAAAAGAGAGGAGGUGGGGAUUACGGCUCGUAUGCCGGUGAUAAGUUUCAAGGAGGAGGAUGCCGAGGGAGUGGUCCUACAGCACAACGAUGCUUUGGUGAUAACCGCGGAGGUUGCAGGCUUUGACGUGAAGAGGGUGUUUAUUGAUACCGGGAGUUCGAUAGACGUGAUGUUCUACGACUGUUUUGUGCAAAUUAACAAUGAGUUGAAUACGGAGCUGAAGCCGGUGACCACGACACUUUAUGGCUUCAAUGGAGGAGAGGUGGUGCCGAUGGGCGAGAUAAGUUUGCCAGUGGCGAUGGGAGCGGGAGAGCUGAGGAAGGUGCGCAUGGUGAGGUUUGUGGUCGUAGGAGCUGAAUCAUCUUAUAACAUUAUUAUGGGGCGGACGAGCUUGAAUGCGUUCCAGGCGGUCGUAUCCAGGUACCACAUGACGAUCAAGUAUCUUGUGGGCAAAAACGUAGGGGAGAUUGCCGGGGAUCAACUCACUUCAAGGAGUUGCUAUCAAACAACG